GAUCGAUUUGCUCUCGCAUAUGCUAACGCUGAGCGGCAUUCAUCAUGGGUCCCGUUGUCUUGUCUUCGAGCAAUGUUUGGGUUUGUUGACGUGCGCUGCGCUGACACGUCUCGGUGGUUCCGGGGCUUGCAUCCAUUUGCAUCGGGGCAAUAUCGCCCAAUCACUACCAUGCAUUGAUAGUAUGGAUUUUGAUGAAACGAUAAUGGCAGUGUUUAUGCCUUUGCGUAUAUCGAGUCUGUUGAAAGGAUCAGUGGAUGAGAGUGGCGAUACUGGUACUGCUGCUAUUUCUGCUGCAUCUGUAGCUGAUUCAGGAGAUGAUGAAGGAAGCAGUGAACAGGCG